AUGUCUUAUCCCAAAGCUACUUCCGCAUCUGUUCCUUUCAUCAAGCUUAGUUCUGGUCAUUCAAUCCCUCAGGUUGGCUUAGGCGUCUAUUUGACCGGCACUGAUGUUGCCGCUAAGGUUGUCAAGGAAGGCCUGGAGGUUGGUUAUCGCCAUGUUGACAGUGCUGCCAUCUAUGGUAACGAAUCUGAAGCUGCUCAAGGUAUUCUCGAGUUUCUGAGUGAAAACCCCGCAAUUAAGCGGAGUGACAUUUUUUUCACCACUAAAGUCUGGGAGGCUGACCAUGGCUACGACGAGGCCAAAGCUGCAAUUGCAAAAUCCCUUGAAAGAAUUGGUGGUUUAGGCUACAUUGACCUAUUGCUCAUUCACUCUCCUCGUGCUCCGAUUACCGUUGAUGAAAAGGCCGAUGAGGCCACCCAGCUUGCAGCAAAGCGUGAGAAACGCUUGGGCACUUGGCGUGCAUUCCAAGAAGCCGUUGAUCAAGGAAUUGUCAAGUCCAUUGGUGUUUCCAACUACGGUGUGGCUCAUCUUGAGGAGCUACUGGCAUGGGACGGACUCCGCAUCAAGCCUGUCGUCAAUCAAAUUGAACUUCAUCCAUGGCUUCAGCGCACUGAACUUGUUGAGUUUGGUCGCAAACAUGGAAUUCUUCCGGAAGCCUACUCUCCACUUACUCGUGGUCAAAAGCUCAAGGAUCCCAUUGACAAGGAUUUAGUCGCUCUUGCUCAAAAGUACAAACGAUCUCCUGCUCAGAUUCUUAUUCGUUGGUCCGUCCAACAGGGUUUCAUUACCCUUCCCAAGAGUGUUCACAUUGACCGUCUUGUUGAAAAUUUCGAUAUCUGGGACUUUGAAUUGACUGAGGAGGACGCCAAUAGUAUUGGUGGCAAAGAGCUUUACGGAAUCACAGGUUGGGAUCCCACUGUUGCUCUCUAA